AUGGACACUGUUGUCUUUGAGUGUGAUUUUGGCUAUGCCUUAAAGGGCUCUCAAGAGUCUCGAUGCGAGUUUGGAGGUGUCUGGGACCCUCCUGUCCCCAUCUGUGAAAAGAUGCUGCUGUGUCCUUCCCCGCCAAGCAUCAAAAACGGCCAGUACAGCAGGAAGGACGGGAGAGUUUUCAUCCCCGGCGUAUCGGUGAACUACCACUGCGACCCGGGGUACACGCUCACGGGGACCACCAAAGUUUCUUGUCUGCCCUCCGGAACGUGGAGCAUCCCUUACCCCCGCUGUGAAGUCGUUGUCUGCACAACCCCAGCAAUCCAGAACGGAGCAGUAGCUGGAGAGGACAGAGCCACGUACAAUCCUGGGGACACGGUGGCCUUCCAGUGCCACCCCGGCUACAUCCUGCAGGGCAGCCGCAGGGCCGAGUGCCGGCACGGCGGCCCGACGUCCUUCCUCCCAGCGGAGCCUUGUCCCCCACCUCCGGUGAUCGCCAACGCCACGGCCAGCGCCGCGCCCGGGGACAACUUCACCAGCGGCGCGACCGUCACCUACCGCUGCGACCCGGGCUUCUCCCUCGUGGGCAACGCGUCGCUUCUGUGCUCGCCCGCGGGCAACUGGAGCCUCCCCUACCCGCGCUGUGCAGGGAAAAGGUGUGAGCAUCCAGGAGAACCCGAACACGGCAGAGUUGUUGUUACAACGGACGUGCUGUUUGGGUCAACAGUGAAUUACACCUGUGAGGAAGGGUUCCGGCUGGUUGGACACGCUCAGCGGCGCUGCGUGAUUUCCGAGCCCGGGAAGCGAGUCGUGUGGAGCGGCGACGUCCCCGUCUGCCAGCGGCUCCUGUGUCCCUCCCCACUGGAUAUAGACAACGGUCAGCAUGACGGCAAGGAUGUGCGAGUCUUCCAGCCUGGGAAGUCUGUGAAUUACAGCUGCGAGCCGGGAUACUCCCUUGUUGGGGACGCCACUCUCUACUGCACCGAGAAUGGAACCUGGGGCCUCCCUUACCCUCAAUGCGCAGGGAAACGGUGCAAAUAUCCAGAAGCACCACAGAAUGGCAGAGUUGUCAUUCUGACAGACCUCCGCGUCGGGUCGGCGGUGAACCACACGUGUGAGGCCGGGCACGAGCUGGUUGGACCGUCUCAGAGGCGCUGUGAGGUUGUUGGAAUGCAUGUUGGCUGGAGUGGUGCUCCUCCUGUUUGCCAGAAGGUGACAUGCCCAAUCCCGAAGAUCCAGAAUGGGAGAAUAUCCAUUCAGAAAAAGAGCUACGCAUAUGAAGAUACUGUUAGCUUUAAGUGCCACGAAGGCUUCACCCUGCAAGGCCAUCACACAGCUCGAUGCAGAGCCGACAGAACAUGGGAGCCGCCUGUGCCAGUCUGCCAGCAGGGGGUGCAGUGCCUGCCUCCCCCAGGCAUUGCUAACGGGGAGCACAGCAGCCCUUCCUUGGACAUGUUUGGCAUAGGAGCACUUGUGCACUACAGCUGCAAGCCUGGCUUCUUCCUAAUCGGGAAUGCAUCUAUCCGCUGUACAGCACAUGGAAUCUGGAGUCGUCCUCCACCUCGGUGCGAAGCUGGCUGUGCAAACCCAGGAGUUGAGAAUGAAGAAGUAACUGGAUUUGAGUCUGUCUAUAAACCUGGAGACAUCGUUAGGGUCGAAUGCAAAAGUGACAGUGGCCCCAAAGGCCUUCACGAGUCCCAGUGCCAGGCUGGAGGUACCUGGGAUCCACCACUCCCCAUCUGUGAAAGAACCCUGCGCUGUCCCCAGCCUCCGGAGGUUGCCCACGGGUGGCACAGCGGCCUGGCAACGGCGGCGUUCGCCCCCGGGACGGCAGUGCGGUACCGCUGCGAGCCCGGCUUCGUGCUGGCCGGGGCAGCCUCCAUCUCCUGCACGGAGGCCGGCGCCUGGAGCCGGCCCCCGCCGCUCUGCCAAGUUGUCGGGUGCCUCCAUCCUCCAAACAUCACCAAUGGGAAGCUCGUAGGCCACCUCUCUGACACUUUUCCCUAUGGAGCAUCCGUGUCCUACAGCUGUAAUCCCGGUUAUUCACUCAUUGGGAAUGCUUCCACCAGCUGCAUGGCGUCUGGAGCUUGGGAGCCUCUUCCUUGGUGUGAAGAGAUCAGAUGUGCAUUCCCAGAUAUUCCAGGUGUUAAGAAAACCACGACGGGAAAUACAUUUCCACUGGGGACUAACAUCACUGUGGAAUGUGACGAUGGUUACACACUGCAAGGCAUCACCCAGACUCAGUGCCAGGAGGACUCCAGCUGGGACCCUCCCGUUCCAGCCUGCAAACUCGCCUCCCAGAAGUCUAGCUCAGUUGGCCUAGGCAUUGCAGCUGCAGUGGUUUUGCUCUUCCUGGGUGUGGGCAUUAUCUGGAAGGUUAUUUCAAAGCAGAGGCAAGGCUAUUAUCAUACAUAUGAAAACUAUGGGUGCCAUACCCCUGAGGACCAUAUAACGGAACAGAAGCCUUUGCAGGAGGCUGUGGCCUGCCCUGACUCCUUCUCCAUGCAAAAGAAACCAGCAGCCGGAGCGUGUGAUCCUCCGGAGAGGCUUCACUACGCGGAGCUCCUGGAAAGCUUCCAAAACAUGCAGACUUUUCCGUCUGGGACCACGGUCACGUACAGGUGCCGCCCGGGAUACAGGAGGGUCCCUGGAAAGUCGUUUACUCGGACUUGCACGGACUCGCAGUGGUCACAAACAGAGCCCUUCUGUACAGUGGUCAAAUGUGGUAACCUGGAAGUUGAGCAUGGAAAAAAAAUUACUGGAUUUGGGCCUUCCUACAGCUAUAAGGACUCUAUUACAUUUGAGUGUGACCCAGGCUAUUCUAUGGUUGGAAGUCAGACAGUUAGCUGCCUAGAGGAUAGCACCUGGCACCCCCCAAAACCAGCUUGUGUAAAAACUGUUGGUUCUGAGGAAGUUGAGACAUGUUUUUCUGUUGAUGUGUGA